GAACUUGCAAUCCUCCUGCCUCAGCCUCCCGAGCUGCUGGGAUUAUAGGCGUGAGACACCACGAUGGCUCCUUUCCCUGUUUUAGACAAGGACGUCCAUGGGAGGACCCAAGCCCACCUGCUGUAGCCCGGUGCCUGGCCAUGACCAUCACCUACUCCAGCCAAGUGGCCAAUGCCCGCUUAGGCUCCUUCUCCCGCCUCCUGCUGUGCUGGCGUGGCAGCAUCUACAAGCUGCUCUACAGCGAGUUCUUCAUUUUCCUGUUCUGCUACUACACGAUCCGCUUCGUGUAUAGGCUGGCCCUCUCCGAGGAACAGCAACUGCUGUUUGAGAAGCUGGCAUUGUACUGCGACAGCUACAUCCAGCUCAUCCCCAUUUCCUUCGUGCUGGGUGAGCGCCCCCUUCCGGCUGUGCGGGGUCCCGUGGCCGCCCCAGGCGCGCGACAGACCCAGGGCAGACCAAGAGGAGCUGCGAGUGAGAGAGGCAGGCCAGUGGCAGGGGUGGCUCUGUGCAGUCCAGGGUCACGUGCAGACUGCACUAGGGAGACUAAAGUUAGACGUGGGGGAGGUCUUCCUGCUGCUGCCACUCCAGACUCGGUUUUCCGGGGGAGGCGCGGGAGCCUCUGCGCAGGAGGGGAGCGGGAGGGAGCGGGCUGCGGCCGCUGGCAGGGAUCCGGGCAGAUCACCCUGGAGGCUCUCGCGCCUCCGUGCGAGGCUCCAACUGCCUUCCCUUCCCGAGAGCCUCCCAGGAGCGCCGGGGCCGGGCCCGCUCGCAUUAGAAAGCUGGAGAAGCCGAGGCAUCACCCGGCGCUGGCCUCUGGCCACAGCCCGGCCGCUCGCCCCUCGUCCUUCGCCCCUCCUGCCCAGGUUUCUACGUGACGCUGGUCGUGACCCGCUGGUGGAACCAGUACGAGAACCUGCCGUGGCCCGACCGCAUCAUGAGCCAGGUGUCGGGCUUCGUCGAGGGCAAAGACGAGCACGGCCGGCUGCUGAGGCGCACGCUCAUCCGCUACGUCAACCUGGGCAACGUGCUCAUGCUGCGCAGCAUCAGCACUGCGGUCUACAAGCGCUUUCCCACUUUGCAACAUUUGGUGCAAGCAGGUUUUAUGACCCGGGCGGAAUACAAGCAGUUUGAAAAAUUGAGCUUACCACACAAUAUGUUCUGGGUGCCCUGGGUGUGGUUUGCCAACCUGUCCACGAAGGCCUGGAUUACAGGUCGCAUCCGGGACCCUGUCCUGCUCCAGAGCCUGUUGAAUGAGAUGAGCACCUUGCGUACUCAGUGUGGACAGCUGUAUGGCUAUGACUGGAUCAGUAUCCCGCUGGUGUACACACAGGUGGUGACCGUGGCAGUGUACAGCUUCUUCCUGGCUUGCCUGGUUGGCCGGCAGUUUCUGGACCCAGCCAAGGCCUACCCAGGCCAUGAGAUGGACCUUGUAGUGCCCGUCUUCACGUUCUUGCAGUUCUUCUUCUACAUGGGUUGGCUGAAGGUGGCAGAACAGCUCAUCAACCCUUUUGGAGAGGAUGACGACGAUUUUGAGACCAACUGGAUCAUCGACAGGCACUUGCAGGUUUCCCUGCUGUCUGUGGAUGAGAUGCACCAAGAUCUGCCCCCGCUGGAGCGGGACAUGUACUGGAAUGAGAUGGAACCUCACCCUCCCUACACAGCGGCUGCUUCCCAGUUCCGGAGACCCUCCUUCUGGGGCUCCACGUUCAACAUCAGUCUGCAGAAAGAAGAGAUGGAGUUUCAGCCAAAUCAGGAGGAUGAGGAGGACACUCACCAGGGCGUCAUUGGUCACCUCCUAGGGCUGCAGUCCCAUGACCACCAUCCUCCCAGGACAAACUCAAAGACCAAGCUACUGUGGUCCAAGAGGAAGCCCUACCUCUACGAGGGUCAACCUGGUAAAGCCAAACAGAACUCUGGGGACCAGGAAGACCCCAAGGCCUGGAAGCUCAAGGUGGUGGAUGCCUUCAAGGAUGCUCCACUCUACGAGAGGCCAGGCUACCACAGUGCCCCACAGACACCCCUCAGUCGCACACCCAUGGUCUUCCCUCCAGAACAGUCGGCACCCUCAGGGCUUCAUGGCCUCACAGGCACUGACACAAAUGACCAAAGCCCAAGUCCUGUGACUUCUGGGGCCAAGAACCAUUUUGAAUCGCUCCCAGAUGAUGGGUCCUUGAGGGAGCACCCGGAAGUCCAUCAUGCAAGGAGGAAAACUGUUGAGUUUAACCUGCAGGACAUAACAAAGCACCCUGAAGAUCAUCUCAAAGGACAUUCGGAACGUUUGCCAAGCAGUAUACACACGAUACUCAAAGAUCAUGCCGCUCCCCAUCACGCCUUGGAAAACAGGGGUGAAACGAAUUCCUAGCCUGUAUCCCAAGGGGAAUGCUUCACCAGCCUGGUCCUCACCUGCCUGUAAUCAACGGGACACUGAUCCAGUCAUGCCCACACAGUUGUCCACACUGGAGUAUGUUCCCAUGACAGCCAGAACUAAAAAGCUGGCUUAAUGGAUAAAAAAAAUGAACUAGUCCAGAACCACUUCAGCCUAUAAAUGUCUUUUUAUACAUAAAACCUGUACAAACUAGAAUGAACCACUGGAAACAUAUAACUCAGAAUCAGGAGUCCUCAGUCCCAGCUGAAUUCAACACACCCAUACCUUGGUAUCUU